AUGCCGGACAGUGGUCGCGGCCCCGUCGCCGCCCCUUGCGGCCCCGUCGCCGCCCCUAACGGCCCCGUCACCGCCCCUAUCGGCCCCGUCGCCGCCUCCAGCGGCCCCAUCGCUGCCCCUUGCAGCCUCGUCGCCGCCCCUAACGGCCCCGUCGCCGCCCCUAUCGGCCCUGUCGCCGCCUCCGGCGGCCCCUUCGCCGCCCCUUGCAGCCCCGUCGCCGCCCCUAACGGCCCCGUCGCCGCCCCUAUCGGCCCCGUCGCCGCCUCCAGCGGCCCCGUCGCCGCCCCUUGCGGCCCCGUUGCUGCCCCUAACGGCCCCGUUGCCGCCCCUAUCGGCUCCGUCGCCGCCUCCAGCGGCCCCGUCGCCGCCCCUCGCGGCCCCGUCGCCGCCCUUAACGGCCCCGUCGCCGCCCCUAUCGGCCCCGUCGCCGCCUCGAGCGGCCCCUUCGCCGCCCCUUGCGGCCUCGUCGCCACCCCUAACGGCCCCGUCGCCGCCCCUAUCGGCCCCGUCACCGCCUCCAGCGGCCCCGUCCCCGCCCCUUGCGGCCCCGUCGCCGCCCCUAACGGCCCCAUCGCCGCCCCUAUCGGCCCCGUCGCCGCCUCCAGCAGCCCCGUCGCCGCCCCUUGCGGCCCCAUCGCCGCCCCUAACGGCCCCGUCGCCGCCCCUAUCGGCCCCGUCGCCGCCUCCAGCGGCCCCUUCGCCGCCCCUUGCGGCCUCGUCGCCACCCCUAACGGCCCCGUCGCCGCCCCUAUCGGCCCCGUUGCCGCCUCCAGCGGCCCCGUCCCCGCCCCUUACGGCCCCGUCGCCGCCCCUAACAGCCCCGUCGCCGCCCCUAUCGGCCCCAUCGCCGCCUCCAGCGGCCCCGUCGCCGCCCCUUGCGGCCCCGUCGCCGCCCCUAACGGCCCGGUCGCCGCCCCUAACGGCCCCGUCGCCGCCCCUAUCGGCCCCUUCGCCGCCUCCAGUGGCCGUGUCGCUGCCCCUUGCGGCCCCGUCGCCGCCCCUUGCGGCCCCGUCGCCGCCCCUAACGACCCCGUCGCCGCAUCUAACGGCCCCGUCGCCGCCCCUAUCGGCCUCGUCGCCGCCCCUUGCGGCCCCGUCGCCGCCCCUAACGGCCCCGUCGCCGCCUCCAGCGGCCCCUUUGCCGCACCUUGCGGCCCCGUCACCGCCCCUUACAGCCCCGUCGCCGCCCCUAUCGGCCCCGUCGCCGCCCCUUGCGGCCCCGUCAUCGCCCCUAACGGCCCCGUCUCCGCCCCUAUCGGCCCCGUCGCUGCCUCCAGCGGCCUCGUCGCCGCCCCUUGCGGCCCCGUCGCUGCCCCUUGCGGCCCCGUCGCCGCCCCUAACGGCCCUAACGCCGCCCCUAUCGGCCCCGUCGCCGCCUCCAACGGCCCCGUUGCCGCCCCUUCCGGCCCCGUCGCCGCCCCAAACGGCCCCGUCGCCGGUCCUAUCGGCCCCUUCGCCGCCUCCAGCGGCCCCGUCGCCGCCCCUUGCGGCCCCGUCGACGCCCCUAACGGCCCCGUCGCCGCCGAUAUCGGCCCCGUCGCCGCCUCCAGCGGCCCCGUCGCUGCCCGUUGCGGCCCGGUCGCCGCCCCUAACGGCCCCAUCGCCGCCCCUAUCGGCCCCGUCGCCGCCUCCAGCAGCCCCGUCGCCGCCCCUUGCGGCCCCAUCGCCGCCCCUAACGGCCCCGUCGCCGCCCCUAUCGGCCCCGUCGCCGCCUCCAGCGGCCCCUUCGCCGCCCCUUGCGGCCUCGUCGCCACCCCUAACGGCCCCGUCGCCGCCCCUAUCGGCCCCGUUGCCGCCUCCAGCGGCCCCGUCCCCGCCCCUUACGGCCCCGUCGCCGCCCCUAACAGCCCCGUCGCCGCCCCUAUCGGCCCCAUCGCCGCCUCCAGCGGCCCCGUCGCCGCCCCUUGCGGCCUCGUCGCCGCCCCUAACGGCCCGGUCGCCGCCCCUAACGGCCCCGUCGCCGCCCCUAUCGGCCCCUUCGCCGCCUCCAGUGGCCGUGUCGCUGCCCCUUGCGGCCCCGUCGCCGCCCCUAACGGCCCCAUCGCCGCCCCUAUCGGCCUCGUCGUCGCCUUCAGCGGCCCCGUCGCCGCCCCUUGCGGCCCCGUCGCCGCCCCUAACGACCCCGUCGCCGCAUCUAACGGCCCCGUCGCCGCCCCUAUCGGCCUCGUCGCCGCCCCUUGCGGCCCCGUCGCCGCCCCUAACGGCCCCGUCGCCGCCUCCAGCGGCCCCUUCGCCGCCCGUUGCGGCCCCGUCGCCGCCCCCAACGGCCCCGUCGCCGCCCCUAACGGCCCCGUCGCCGCCCCUAUCGGCCCCGUCGCCGCCUUCAGCGGCCCCGUCGCCGCCCCUUGCGGCCCCGUCGCCGCCCCUAACGACCCCGUCGCCGCAUCUAACGGCCCCGUUGCCGCCCCUAUCGGCCUCGUCGCCGCCCCUUGCGGCCCCGUCGCCGCCCCUAACGGCCCCGUCGCCGCCUCCAGCGGCCCCUUUGCCGCACCUUGCGGCCCCGUCGCCGCCCCUUACAGCCCCGUCGCCGCCCCUAUCGGCCCCGUCGCCGCCCCUUGCGGCCCCGUCGCCGCCCCUAACGGCCCCGUCGCCGCCCCUAUCGGCCCCGUCGCUGCCUCCAGCGGCCCCGUCGCCGCCCCUUGCGGCCCCGUCGCCGCCCCUUGCGGCCCUGUCGCCGCCCAUAACGGCCCUAACGCCGCCCCUAUCGGCCCCGUCGCCGCCUCCAACGGCCCCGUUGCCGCCCCUUCCGGCCCCGUCGCCGCCCCAAACGGCCCCGUCGCCGGUCCUAUCGGCCCCUUCGCCGCCUCCAGCGGCCCCGUCGCCGCCCCUUGCGGCCCCAUCGACGCCCCUAACGGCCCCGUCGCCGCCCCUAUCGGCCCCGUCGCCGCCUCCAGCGGCCCCGUCGCCGCCCCUUGCGGCCCCAUCGCCGCCCCUAACGGCCCCGUCGCCGGCCCUAACGGCCCCGUCGCCGCCCCUAACGGCCCCGUCGCCGCCCCUAUCGGCCCCGUCGCCGCCUCCAGCGGCCCCGUCACCGCCCCUUGCAGCCCCGUCGCCGCCCCUAACAGCCCCGUCGCCGCCCCUAUCGGCCCCGUCGCCGCCUCGAGCGGCCCCGUCGCCGCCACUUGCGGCCCUGUCGCCGCUCCUAACGGCCCCGUCGCCGCUCCUAUCAGCCCUGUCGCCGCCUCCAGCGGCCCACUCGCUGCCCCUUGCGGCCCCGUCGCCGCCCCUAACGGCUCCGUCGCCGCCCCUAUCGGCCCCGUCGCCGCCUCCAGUGGCCCCGUCGCCGCCCCUUGCGGCCCCAUCGCCGCCCCUAAAGGCCCCGUCGCCGGCCCUAACGGCCCCGUCGCCGCCCCUAACGGCCCCGCCGCCGCCCCUAUCGGCCCCGUCGCCGCCUCCAGCGGCCCUGUCGCCGCCCCUUGCAGCCCCGUCGCCGCCCCUAACGGCCCCGUCGCCGCCCCUAUCGGCCCCGUCGCCGCCUCCAACGGCCCCGUCUCCGCCACUUGCGGCCCCGUCGCCGCUCCUAACGGCCCCGUCGCCGCCCCUAUCGGCCCCGUCGCCGCCUCCAGCGGCCCCGUCGCUGCCCCUUGCGGCCCCGUCGCCGCCCCUAACGGCCCCGUCGCCGCCCCUAUCGGCCCCGUCGCCGCCUCCGGCGGCCCCUUCGCCGCCCCUUGCAGCCCCGUCGCCGCCCCUUGCGGCCCCGUCGCCGCCCCUAACGGCCCGGUCGCCGCCCCUAACGGCCCCGUCGCCGCCCCUAUCGGCCCCUUCGCCGCCUCCAAUGGCCCUGUCGCCGCCCCUUGCAGCCCCGUCUUGCCCCUAACGGCCCCGUCGCCGCCCCUAUCGGCCCCGUCGCCGCCUCCAACGGCCCCCGGCCCCGUCGCCGCCCCUUGCGGCCCCGUUGCCGCCCCUAACGGCCCCGUUGCCGCCCCUAUCGGCCCCGUCGCCGCCCUUAACGGCCUCGUCGCCGCCCCUAUCGGCCCCGUCGCCGCCUCCAGCGGCCCCUUGGCCGCCCCUUGCGGCCUCGUCGCCACCCCUAACGGCCCCGUCGCCGCCCCUAUCGGCCCCGUCGCCGCCUCAAGCGGCCCCGUCCCCGCCCCUUGCGGCCCCGUCGCCGCCCCUAAUGGCCCCGUCGCCGCCCCUAUCGGCCCCGUUGCCGCCUCCAGCGGCCCAGACGCCGCCCCUUGCGGCCCCGUCGCCGCCCCUAACGGCCCGGUCGCUGCCCCUAACGGCCCCGUCGCCGCCCCUAUCGGCCCCUUCGCCGCCUCCAUUGGCCCUGUCGCCGCCCCUUGCAGCCCCGUCGCCGCCCCUAACGGCCCCGUCGCCGCCCCUAUCGGCCCCGUCGCCGCCUUCAACGGCCCCGUCGCCGCCCCUUACGGACCCGUCGCCGCCCCUAACGACCCCGUCGCCGCACCUAACGGCCCCGUCGCCGCCCCUAUCGGCCUCAUCGCCGCCCCUUGCGGCCCCGUCGCCGCCCCUAACGGCCCCGUCGCCGCCUCCAGCGGCCCCUUUGCCGCACCUUGCGGCCCCGUCGUCGCCCCUUACAGCCCCGUCGCCGCCCCUAUCGGCCCCGUCGCCGCCUCCAGCGGCCCCGUCGCCGCCCCUUGCGGCCCCCUCGCCGCCCCUAACGGCCCCGUCGCCGCCCCUAUCGGCCCCGUUGUCGCCUCCAGCGGCCCCGUCACCGCCCCUUGCGGCCCCAUCGCCGCCCCUAACGGCCCCGUGACCGCCCCUAAUGGCUCCGUCGCCGCCCCUAACGGCCCCGUCGCCGCCCCUAACGGCCCCGUCGCCGCCCCUAUCGGCCCCGUCGCCGCCUCCAGCGGCCCCGUUGCUGCCCCUUGCGGCCCCGUCGCCGCCCCUAACGGCCCCAUCGCCGCCCCUAUCGGCCCCGUCGCCGCCUCCAGCGGCCACGUCGCCGCCCUUUCCCCGUCGCCGCGUCUUGCGGCCCCCCCGGUCUCCGCCUCCAGCGGCCCCGUCGCCGCCCCUUGCUGCCUCGUCGCCGCCCCUAACGGCCCCGUCGCCGCCCCUAUCGGCCCCGUCGCCGCCUCCAGCGGCCCCGUUGCCGCCUCUUGCGGCCUCGUCGCAGCCCCUAACGGCUCCGUCGUCGCCCCUAACGGCCCCGUCGCCGCCCCUAUCAGCCCCGUCGGCGCCUCUAGCGGCCCUGUCGCCGCCCCUUGCGGCCCCGUCGCCGCCCCUAACGGCCCUGUCGCCGCCCCAAUCGGCCCCGUCGCCGCCUUCAGCGGCCCCGUCGCCGCCCCUUGCGGCCCCGUCGCCGCCCCUAACGACCCCGUCGCCGCAUCUAACGGCCCCGUCGCCGCCCCUAUCGGCCUCGUCGCCGCCCCUUGCGGCCCCGUCGCCGCCCCUAACGGCCCCGUCGCCGCCUCCAGCGGCCCCUUCGCCGCCCCUUGCGGCCCCGUCGCCGCCCCUUACAGCCCCGUCGCCGCCCCUAUCGGCCCCGUCGCCGCCUCCAGUGGCCCCGUCGCCGCCCCUUGCAGCCCCGUCGCCGCACCUAACGGCCUCGUCGCCGCCCCUAUCGGCCCCGUCGCCGCCUCCAGCGGCCCCGACGCCGCCCCUUGCGGCCUCGUCGCCGCCCCUAACGGCCCCGUCGUCGCCCCUAUCGGCCUCGUCGCCGCCUCCAGCGGCCCCGUCGCCGCCCCUUGCGGCCCCGUCGCCGCCCCUAACGGCCCCGUCGCCGCCCCUAACGGCCCCGUCGCCGCCCCUAUCGGCCCCGUCACCGCCUCCAGCGGCCCCGUCGCCGCCCCUUGCGGCCCCGUCGCCGCCCCUAACGGCCCCUUCGCCGCCCCUAACGGCCCCGACGCCGCCCCUAUCGGCCCCGUCGCCGCCCCUUGCGGCCCCGUUGCCGCCCCUAACGGCCCUCUCGCCGCCCCUUACAGCCUCGUCGCCGCCGCUAUCGGCCCCGUCGCCGCCUCCAGCGGCCCCUUCGCCGCCCGUUGCGGCCCCGUCGCCGCCCCCAACGGCCCCGUCGCCGCCCCUAACGGCCCCGUCGCCGCCCCUAUCGGCCCCGUCGCCGCCUCCAGCGGCCAUGUCGCCACCCCUUGCGGCAUCGUCGCCGCCCCUAACGGCCCCGUCGCCGCCCCUAAGGGCCCCGUCGCCGCCCCUAUCGGCCCCGUCGCCGCCUCCAGCGGCCCCGUCGCCGCCCCUUGCGGCCUCGUCGCCGCCCCUAACGGCCCCGUCGCCGCCCCUUACAGCCCCGUCGCCGCCCCUAUCGGCCCCGUCGCCGCCUCCAGUGGCCGCGACGCCGCCCCUUGCGGCCCUGUCGCCGCCCCUAACGGCCCCGCGGCGCACUGCCCGAAGUGCCAUGUGCCAAGCAUGGCUAAUGUGACGUCGCGCUGCUCCGAAGGGGCGUAA